UCGGUCUCUUAACGUUUCCACGCAUUGAGCACCACGCGUUAGUGUGUGUGUGUGUGUGUGCGUGUGCGUGUGCGUGUGUGUGUGCGUGCGCAUCUGGAGCGUGGAGUUUUGUAACACGGUUGUUAAUCCAGUCCGCGGUAGCUCCGUGCUUUCUGUGGGCGGUUACAUACGGUUGUGCGUGAUUCACAAACCUUAUUUGUUCCUACUACUUUGAGCGCCAUCUUGUUUGUAACUCUUCUACGUAAGUGGUAGAGUUCCUACCGAGGGGGUAUCCGAUUACCCAGUUUUUCCCUCCAGCGUUCGUCUGUUCCCUCUCCCUGUAGUGCAUUCGCUUCGUCGCCUUUUAACGCAAUAGAAGAAGCCGCAGAGUGUUUGUAACUGGACAGAAAUGAGCAUCGAAACGCUUUUGGAAGCGGCCAAGUUUCUGGAAUUGCAAGCCCAGCAACAACAGAAAGCACGUGAGGAUGACGUAAAGGAAAAGCUACACCUGGAGCGGUUGGCGGAGCAGAGGCGCUCUGAUGAGACCUACAACUCGACGAUCCACAUCAACAAUGUUUCUAAAGCGGAGGAGUGCCGCCCGGUGCCCGUCCCCCCCUCUCUGCCUCCCCCCUCCAUGCCCAUCACCGUCAUCCCCAUCCCUGUGGUCACCCCCAACCCCGCAGGCUCCCCCACCCUGCCCGUCGCCGCGCUCUCCCCUCCGCCUGCCACCGUUCUGCCGCGCUCUCCACAACCCAAACCCGACCACCCUGCCUCUGUGCUGACCGCCAACCACAAGCAGCUGAUGCAGAACCACCACCACCACCAUCAUCACCACCAACAGCUCAUCGCCCAAACUAACAAUACUAAACUCCAGCAGCAGACGCACCAGCAGCUGGUUCAGCGCUACCCCGGCUCCAUCGUCUCGCUGCCCCAGCAACACGCCUUACUCCCUCAGCCGGGCCCCGUCGUCCAGCAGGCCCCUCUACAGAACGGGCCCCUCAGCCGGGGGAGUCCUCCAGAUGACGGCCGCCAGCUAGACAAGAAGAGGCCGGGAGGGGCAGGCACAAGAGAAGUGCAUAACAAGCUUGAGAAAAACAGACGAGCACAUUUGAAGGAGUGCUUUGAGACGCUGAAGAAGAACAUCCCCAACAUCGACGAGAAGAAGACCUCCAAUCUGAGCGUGCUGAGGAGUGCGCUGAGAUACAUCCAGACAUUGAAGCGGAAAGAAAAGGAGUACGAGCACGACAUGGAGCGACUUGCCAGAGAGAAGAUAGCCACGCAGCAGCGAUUAGCAGAGCUGAAGAACGAGCUGAGCCAGUGGAUGGAUGUGAUUGAAAUCGACCGUGUCCUCCGACAGACGGUACAGCCGGAGGAGGACCAGGCUUCCACCUCAACCGCCUCAGAAGGUGAAGACAUAAUGGAGGAUGACCUGGAAGAUGAGACUACGCCGAGAGCGCAGACUGCCUUACCCACCGUGCCUCAAACCAUGAAACCUGAGCUGCGUAAGACUGCAAUACCUACUCAGGCCCCGACCCUGACACCCGCCACUACCUCCUUCAUCACCCAACACAUCUCCAUCCAGCACAAAGUCCCUCUGCACCAGCCUCAGCUGCACCCGCUGACGGUGACUCCUCAUCAGCCGGUGUCCAAGCCUGCAGCCCCACUGGCACUCGCAACAUCCAGCACUCGCAUCGGCCCCGGUCAGCCCUUGAUCCCCACCCACACACAUAUGGUGACCGCCUCCAGCUUACACCCCACAGUCAUUGCCCACGCUUCAGUGUCUCACCCCUCAGUCAUCCAAGCGGUCAACCACGUCAUCCAGGGAGGGGGUCAUAAACACAUCGCCCACCUGGCUCCAUCCACUACCACCAGCAGUGUCCAGUUGGCCCCCGGCCACCAACCCAUCGGCCACAUCACCGUGCACCCGGUGACUCACCUGAGCCAGCAUCUACCGGCCCUCUACCCCCAACCGGUGGCCGUCACACAGUCGGCCAUGGUCGGUCACAUCACCCACACGCUGAACCACGCCCACCCGCACAUGAACGGCACUGCGACUAGCCAACCAGCUGCCACCAUUGUCGGCAAGCAGACAGCAGUGAGCACCCAAAUGGUGACCCACCACCCACAGCUGGUGGGUCAGACGGUGCUCAACCCCGUGACAAUGGUGACCAUGCCCUCCUUCCCCAUCAGCACUCUGAAGCUGGCUUGAACACGGCCAACAGGACCACCAAGGCUGGGAGACGGAGACGCCCCUCGAUAGGGGAGAACCACAGGCCUCAGACCAGGCCACCGACGCGCCCAAAGUGAGGGCAGGAGAGCUGCUGGACACCUCUGAUCCAGAGUUUCACUAUCAUCAAGAAGCAUCGCAGCUGAUAUAAAGCCAGGAACAUUCCUUCAACGAAACCUCUUUCCAUACUAGUCCACCACGGUGUCCUGAAAUCUUGAAUUUAGGACAUGGCUGAAAAUCAUCGUGUGUGUGUGUGUGUGUGUGUGUGUGUGGCAAUAUAUGGGCAGAUGAUUAGACCCUCACUUGCAGAUAAUGGAGCAGCAUUUAUUUUCACAUGAGCUUUUGCAGAAACUGCUUCAUAGAGGGAAAUGUUGCUACGCAAGUACCGUAUCCAUGUGGGCACCCUGUUACAGCGUUCAUAAAGGUACUGGCUCCCCGUUAUCACUGUGACUGCUGCGGAUUAAACCAACAGCAGAUCAUGUAGUCGAGAGGCGACACUGGGCUGUGAAGCCUGUGACGUGUAGGAUCAGAGUGCUAGACCCACCAUAACCAGCACGUUGGGAAUGUGAUUUAGAGGAGCUCCUCCUCUCCAGCAGAAGGCUGCAGGGCUGGAGCCAAAUCACGGACUGGACUGCAUCCUGAGCAGACGCUGCAGUCCUCAGUGACUGCGCAUACAGCAAUAGCGCGCCCUGCUGGCUGCAUGUGUUCAGUUUAAUACUACUAUCCCUGUGACAAUGGAAAGAAAAAACACUUCCAGUUAAGUAUAAUGCCGAUGGAUAUCUUUAAAAAACAGAAUAUGCCGUUUUGUCAGGGUUUGGUUUUUAGUGUUGGACACUCAAAUUGUUACUUAUCUGUAGUAUUUGUCCUUCAAACUUACUGGCGGCUGUUCACAAGUUAAAGGAUGAACUUAUGUUUUUGUCACAGCUGCUAAUUUCUUUUUAAAUAUUUCUGCCAAAUAAUCCGUUUUUAGAUGCCCCCUAAAUGUAAACACAACACAGUAGUGUGUUUAAAUACUAAACGUGUGAGAUACCGUCUCUGAUGCUUACAAGGUAGGUGUGGGGGGGGGGGGGGGGGGGGGGGGGGGUGGUGGUGGAGUUGAGUGUUCAGAAGUUUUGAAUGUGAAUACGUAAAAAAAACAAAAAACAGGUCCAUACAAUGUAGUUACGUGUGUUUCUUUGCUGUCUUGCAAGGCAAAUGGUCGUAGGAUGUGUGUUUGCAUGCUGUGAAAGCAUGCCAUGACUGUUGAUUAGUGAUGAUCUUGAAAGCAAAGGAGCCAUAUAGCGGUGCCGUCUGUCGUGCUUUGCGGACUUCGACAAGUUGUAGUAGGAAUGUUGGAUUGUUUUGCUCAGAGUUGAAGCUCUGUUCAUUCAUAACGCGUUUGGAUCGGCAUAGAGUGAUCUCAACAGCUGGCAUAAAUCCAAUCAGUGUGUGUUUUUUUUUUUUUGUUUUUUUUCAAGAUUAUCCUUUUCCAAAGCUAGCACUGUGAACAUUUAUAUAGUCUCAAUGAGCAGCGGUUUAGCGUAUCACUUGCUAGAACAGCAACAUGCGGAGUUCCCCUUGUUUAACCUGAAUGUACUGAUCUAUGAAAGGAUGUGGAGUAGUGCGCUCAGCAGAAGUUAAGCCCUCCCCUUUUUUUAAAAAGAAAAAUGCGAUUACUUUAAAGUAUCUUGUGUAUGUAAAGUGUAACAUUUAAUACUGAUUUUGUAUUUUUAAGAGUUACUGUUGCUUGUUUCAUCUGGAGAAUAGCUUUUUAUGUUCAGACUAAUUGAUAUUGGUAUUUGACAAUAUAGUUUUUUUUCAACUGGGACCAUGUACAGUGGUGUAUAUCAGGGGGCGGCGACUACACAGACCUCGUCCCACCUUUAUUAGCUGUGGAAAGUAUUCUCCCCGUAAUUGUUUUUUUAUUUUGUUCUGAUGCAAUAUGAUUGAAGCAGGGACUCUUCAUUUUAUUUUUGACUAAAUAAUUGCAGAGAUAAAGUAAUGCUUUUUUUCACCCUCAUUUUAUGCAAAUGAUAUCGAACAAAUCAUAUUGUAGCAAAACAAAAUGUGUACAAAUGAACAGGGAUUCGAUACUUGAAGAAGCAACGAUAUACUUGUGUGUUUUCCCUAUGGAGAAAGUUUAAGUUGUAUAUAGCCUGUAAAUGUUGGGCUGCAUUUAGAUCUAACUAUCAUGUAAACAGCUGGGAAAAAUAUGUAAAAUUAGAAAUUUAUAAAAAAAUAUACUUAAUAAAUUGUAUCAUGUUUACAAAUGUCUGGAGCCGCCUUUUUGUUGUUUUUAACAAAACGUGUUUUUUUUUGGUAUUGCAGCAAUACAAAGUGAUUAUUUUUACCGUUAUUUAUGGCUGCAGUUAACCAUUAGGUUAAUUAUCAGUUAAUCAGGCGAUCAUUUUCUUGAUUCAUCGUUUGAGAAACUAAAAGGACAUUUUUCACUUUUUAAUAUUUUUUUUUAAAGGGAGUUUAAGAUGACCUCUUCAAAUGUCUUGUUUUUGUCCAACCAACACCCAAAGAUAUUACGUUUACAGUUAUAGUAUAUCAUUAAAAU